AGUCUAAUAUGGUGCUGUGUUCUAGUCAUUUGAGAGCGGCGUGGCCUGUCGGCACUACAUCUACUAACAGGUACUUGUGGUACUUUCAGAUAAUACAUAUAGCCGGAAACAUGUAGCUGAAGAAGUUAGAAUACCGUUAGGAUGUUUGCAAUAGCAGCGCUACAGGAAUUCAUUUGACAUGAAAUAAAUAUUGGUAAUAGAUGGAUCAUACUUAGGGCUCUCAGGCGACCAUGGCUUCUCCCGCCGCCGGCACCGCGCCCGGCCUACAUAAAAGCCUCAAACUCACUACCAUUGAUUUAGUUGGAGGCAUAUUCUGUCACAUCUGUAAAUUAACAUUUGGAAAGAAGAAGGAAUACGACAAUCAUUAUGCACUGCAUAGUACAGGGAGCUCAGACAUUAUAUACACAUGUGUUGCGUGUCGCAAAGAGAUUGUUGGCUAUCCAAGUUUCCGCGGACAUUGCUACACUCACCACAUCAUAAAAAACAAAUUUAAAUGUAACAUCUGUAGUAAGACAGUAUCAAAACUGGCUGCACUUGUGGAGCACAAUAAUGCUGUUCACACAUUCAAAUGCAGUAAACCAUUUUGUGACCAACAAUUUUCUUCAAAAAAGGAACUACACCUGCAUAAAGUGUUCCACAAAAGUGAAGGAAACAGCCCUCCAUAUCAGUGCCAAAACUGCACUAAGGAAAUUGAUACCAUAGACUCAUGUGAACUUCAUAUCGAUAAGCACUACACAAUCAUUUACACAUGCCCUAUCUGCAAUGUCACUUUGUCGAAAGAAGAAGCUAUGAAGCAUUUAGCAAAACAUUUCGGUGAUGUACUUAAAGAAGACUCUGAUAACAUACCAGACUCUACUUUGCCCGAUGAUAGUUCUAUAAAUGUAAUUGGGGGUAUUUUGUGCUGCUAUUGCAACAAUCUUUUCAAGAACCGUGAGGAUUUUGAUACUCACUUUGCUGCUGCUCAUGAGGGGAAUGAUCUAUAUUACACCUGCAACAUUUGUAACAAAAAGUUUGACAAGUACAAGUGUUUUGGUAACCACUGCCAUUACCACUUUUCAAGGAACAGGUUCGAAUGCGACAUGUGCUGGAAACGCUUUCCACGUCUAUCUCUGCUGGUAAGCCACAUGGAGGCCCACCGCAAUGCGCAGGACGGAGGCGCCGACGAGGCGCAAUUCCCUUGCCCGCAGUGUAGCCGCAGAUUCUGCAGCGAGCGGCGUAUGCGUGACCAUCUGCGCGACAAUCAUCGUACCACAGACCUUGUCUGCCCACAACCUGGUUGUGGACUAAAAUUGGAAUCGCCAAAGGACCUGCUCAUUCACCGAAAAUACCACGAAUCGACCCUAGACCAUUGGUGUCGGCAGUGCGGGCUCCAGUUCCCUACACUAGCAUCAUGCGAGAAGCACCUGGAUAUACACAAGAAAAAGUGCUUCAGCUGCCCGGUAUGCUCGCGACAGUACAGCGAGCGUUAUCUUCUGAUGAAACAUAUCCCCGCCCACUUUGAAACGGUUCUCCACGUAUGCAACGUGUGUGGCAAGGUGUACACCGCUAAAAACCGCCUCAUGACUCACAUGAAGACUCACGCCGCCGCUAAGGAGUUCACGUGCAGCGUUUGCGGCAAAGGUUUCAUGCGCUCCCAUCAUCUACGCCAACAUCUCAACGUCCACUCGGGCGCAAAACCGUACUCAUGCCCCGUCUGCUCUAAGACCUUUGCAUCGCACCCCAACUGGCAUAAGCACUUGCGUAAAAUUCACCGUCUCGACCCCAAAACAGUGUCCCGCCAGAAUCCGAAUCUUCCCGAUGAUGCUACCAACCAAGUUUCUCCGAAGAACGAAGUCUAUUCAAUAGCAGCCACUCCAGACACGAUAGUCAACACGCCUGGCGAAAGUGACGAGAGCACACUCGGUACCAGCAGUAGUAAUUCCCAUCUCAUUGAGAUGAUACCUCAUUUCGAUGCGGACAUGGUUCCCGUGGGCGCUGAUUAUGACCUUGAGGAGUUGGUCAAUGCUGUGCUACCGGAUGAAAUUGCCGCGUUCGUUCCCGAAAUGCCCCAGCUGCAAGAGGAGCCGCAGCCGGACAUCCCGCGCGAGUACGGGCCGGACUUCGUGUCGUGUGGCUGGGCGCUGGACGGGUCCGUGAUCCCGCUGGAUGAACCUCUGCUGCCGCACAUCGACCCGCUGCUCACCAUCAACGCCUGUCCCUCCAAGUACGAACCCCACCUCGCCCCAUUCCCCUACGACUACGACCAGAACAUCGUGGACGCGAUCGACCCCAGCCCCAAGUGGGAGCCCCCCGUCAUCACCAAGUUCUAUGUGUUUUAGUAAGGCGGCCGCCGCGGCUUCCGCUGAUGACCCAACCGUGAAGAUGAAUUCGAAACAGGUUAACACACGUUGAUUCCCCGAGUGGGAUAGAUAAAUAGUAUUUUGUAUAUCUACGUAAAGUUAUGGCCAAAUGAUUUUUAAGAAUGUUGCUUUAUCUUAUAGUAUAUGUUUUGAGCCCAUUUGGCCGGUCCACAGAGCUACCUCAAGCUAGAAACUAUGAUAUACCUCAAGUUAUCCAUAGGAACUAUUGUUGAUAUACAUACAUAUAUUACAUAUAUAUACAUACACACAUACAUAUAUAUACGUAUACAUUUUAACAUAUAUCCCACCAAACAUUAGGUAAAUAAUGUUUUAAUUCAUAUUCAUAAUAAUGCUACCUCAUUUUAGUUGUUUAAGUUUCUUAGUUCGUCGCUUACAUUUAUAAAUACCUGGAUGUUAUUUCUUGUCACGCAACAUAUGUAGUGAUAGUGUAAUGUGUUUGUGCCAUUGGAUCAUACGUACGAUUUACUUGGCUACCGAGAGUGGGGUGCGCUGGCACCGCCCGAAGGUGACCACUCGGUCGAAGUUCCUAUUGCCAGGGAAGUAGACAGCGGGCAAGGUUCAAUGCGAGUGCAGGUCGACACUACGACGAGAGCUUAUCGAGGAGGCCACGGGUAGCGAAACUCCGCUCUGUGUUUUAACUUGUCUUAUAAUUUUGUUUUAAUUGUUCCAAAGUUUUAGGGUAAGACGUUCGAACAAUAGCUUUGUAAAUAUUUGAUAAUUUGCCGCACUCUUAACUGCAUUAAGUUCGCUUCGUCUUGUCCGCCGCUGCCGCAUGUCGGCCGCAGCCCGUCUUAGAGGUUACUACGAGCUCUAUCAUUCCAAAAGCAGGGUUAUUUGUACCUUAGAUAAGGACACGUAAGUCAAGGGCACGUCGCGGUCGGCAUAGCAGUUUCAGACAAUCACUUAUAACAACUUAAUAGCAAACGUAUCUGUCGUAACUUUAUAAUCAUUCAAUAUUUCAUAACGAUUGUAACGACAUAAUAAUGUUAAACCGAAACAUUGAAGGUCACACGCAGGCAGCGGUGGUGUUAUAUGCAUUUCAAUUUCGAUUCGUUUAUUGUUUUUGCCGCCGCGGAGCCAAGCGCCGCGGCCCUAGUGUAAGUGAAUCGAUCGUGCUGUGAUAUUUUUAUGUAUAUUUAGUGUAAGGGUAGGGAGUGUAACGUAUGAGUACAAAUGUUAUUUACGAUGAUAACGACUUUCGGAUACCACACGAUCCAGGCUGGAUACGCAUCCACACGCGAGUGUACUUGCGGAUUUUGAACUUUACGGUCUACGCGGGCCCGGUCCCGCAGAGCACCCACGCAGAUGCGAUCGACAGAGCGCAUAUGGAAUUAUCGAUACAAACCGGAAAAUGUUGAAAUUAGACAUUCGAUAAUCCCAUUUUCAGUAACGCAGUCUCCAUAUGCGCCUCAAAAAAAAAAGAGAUUUGAACAAAAAAUUGACAAAGUUUACUUAAUGAAGCAGAACUCGUCUGCCACUUAAGAUAAUUGAUGAAAAAUUAAAAAGAGAAAAAAAAAGAGUAAAAAAAGAAUUAU